UAGGGGCAGUUAGUUUAGACUAGAGUUUGAUCGGAUUAUCUGUCGCAAAAAGAAUUACAUCUUACAAUGUAGUAAAGACUGCAGUCUCCGGAGUUCGGAUCUUAAAACUUUUAGAUAAUCUGAAUUUAAACGUUGAAAUAGACAUGUCUGAAAAGACUUUGUUCAUAUCUUUCAUAUUGUUGAUCUUGACAUUCAAAAGCGGCAAUUUGCAGUGUUUUAAUGCUGAAGAGAUGACGGUUUCGCAAUUAGGACUUAGUGAAUCUCAGAUUUGGAAUGCAAAAGCACAGGAUCUCGAACAAUGUGCUAAACUUUGUGUUCGGAGGAAACCUUGCCAGUCUAUUACCUUUGACACUCAAAGUGGCAUGUGUGAACUGAACGGCGGAACUAGGGAUGAUACGCCUACCAGAACUGGAAAAACACUCCUGUAUUCGGAAUUUCAGUGGUGGUCGCCGAGUCUGGAUAAAAACUGUCAUUCUCGGCCUUGCCAAGAUUCCGAGGCUUGUAUACCUGGAAGUCUGGCUGGCGGUUCACCCGACUGCUCAUAUAGUUGCAUGACAGUGGUCCGUGAUGUAUGUCCACUACCACCGUGGGGUGUUUCUAAUGGACGAACUGUGGGAUCUUUCAAUGUUUACACGUGCGGCAAAGGAACUGUUGGUGGAGGCACCGCCAAGUGCUUACCAAGUAAACAGUGGGACAAGGAAAUCAACCCCACGUGCACUCCCAUUUUAGGCCACCCGUGCACUGACGACUCAAUAUGCUCCCUCAUUAAUGGAUACUGCUCAAAUGAAGGGCAGUGCGAGUGUGGCCCUUACAAGAGAUAUGUCGAAACUGACAACGAAUGCGUUCUUGACUGCGGUGAUCCCCCAGCAGUAGCAAACUCUAACGUGUCUGGUAACACCACCACACAAACCUACGAGUGUAACGCUGAUUACUUUCCAACAGCGGGCUCCGAGGCCACAGUAACAUGUACUGAGACUGGAUGGGAACCAGCCGGCAGAUUUGCCUGUUACACAUGUGGUGAACCACCCGUUGUUGCCGGAGCAACAGUGCUCGGGGACGGUGAGGUACGGCAAUAUUCCUGCGAUGAACUCCUGUAUCCACUACCAGUAACGGGUAACGGCUCGAUUACAUGCGAUGAAGCCACUAAAUCCUGGAAACCUGGUGGUUUUCUGUGUGGUGGGUUACGUUUGGUCCCGGGGCUGUAUACAGAAAUGAUGGAGUACUUCCCUCAGUUUAGUGGAUAUCUGGAGAUGUUCGCCGACGGUAACUGGAGGGCUUUAACCCAGGAAGGAUGGACUUGGCAAGCCACUAUGGUCGCAUGCAGGACACUUUUUGGCUUAGGGUAG